AUGUAUUUAUUUACAAAAAUAACAAAUGUUUUAUUUGCAAUUUCUUUACGAUGUCGCACGCUGAAAUUUGAAGUGUUCACAUUUGCGCCGAGCCUUGAUCGAACGGUGACCUCGAGGCGCGGGAGUCCUCGAAAGAGCUUUUUUUGUGCGCUCGUGUGUGUGAGCGCGCGUGUGUGUGUGUGUGGGCGCCGUGAAGCGCGCAUACAAACGAGACGUAGCGGGCCGCUGGCACGGGUCGCAUCGGCGCCGGAGCCCGAUCACGGGGAGGUGAGCGCGCGGCGCGGCGCGUACGGCACGCCCCCGGGCCCCGGCACCGCACCGGCCCCGGCCGAGGCGCCGACAGUUCCCCGCCGACUCAAUGCUCGAGCGAGCGCCGCUCCCGAGGAGUGCAGCCACCAUGCUCCCGCACAGAUCACAGAGCUGGGUUUUUCUACUAGUUCCAGCCAUUGUAUCAGCCUUUCCAGUACUACCACUCCCACCUACUCAUCCAGGCCUGGAUAUUGGAAAAUGCAAGGAAGCCAACCUGUGAGUUACCCAGUAUUUCUAUUGCAAAGAGGAGAAUCAGUCAAUCAUCAAGUGCCAUAUGCUUACCUGAUGCCACAGCAUAAGGGUAUGAUAUAUCCUCAAGUAUCAAAAAGAUUUCCUGAAAUGACUGGCAUCAAGUAUCGAUUGUUUUAUAAUUCUCUAGGAGAUCUCAUUCAAUCAUCAUCAUUUUUUCCAAUUGAAUUCAAUGUACCGGACAUGAUAAGUACAAUGUGGGGCUAUAUGAUGAGCCUCCCAAUUCUCAACAGAUGGCAACAACAACAACAACAACAACAACAACAACAACAGCAACAGCAACAGCAACAGCAACAGCAACAGCAGCAGCAGCAGCAGCAACAAGCUCCAAUAACUCCACAAAGCAAACUAAAGCUACCAGGAUUAAAUAAUAAUGAUAUACAAACACCAUAUAUACCAAUGUACUUCUACCCAUAG